UCAGUGACACUGCAGCAGAUGAUAACUUUCAAUAUGUCAUUGUGCACUGAACUUGAUCACACAGUCUGUGACACAAAUUAAUGAAUUAAUUUGGCUUUAGAACUAAUCGAACAAUUAUGCCAUGUGGCAUGGUUAGCAGAAUCUAUCAGAACCAAUAAGCUUUUAGGUGCCAUUGAUGAUCUCAGUUAUCGAGCAGAACAGUCCAUUGUUGCCCUCAUGGCUGUGAAACAACAGCUAAUCAGCUCACUGGUGUUGUGUUACCUGAUUCAAUAUGUUGCAUGUUUCUGCAAUGUCACCUGCACCACAGACUACAGUACAUCCCUGAACUGUUCCUGCUCAGGCACAGUGCCCUCGUCUCCCAUUCUCCUUGAGGCAGAGUGCAGAGAUUCUGUUGACCAAGUGAAUGAUAGCUGUGAAAUAACACCCUCACAAAGCUGGUGUAUAAUACAACCAGAAGAUUUUUUCAUGUUAAUAUCCACUGACACUACUUGCACUGCAAGAGUAAAUUACACAGGAAAUGAAGACAAAAUGAAAACGGAUGACUCAACUGACUGGAAAUUGUAUAAAUUAGUGAAGCCGCAGCAUCCAGUCAAUGUACAAGUGACAGAGAACAUUGACAGCUACAACAUCACUUGGCAGAUGGAUGAAAACAUUUACCUUGAUAAAUUCUUAAUGUACAGGGUGCGGAUUACAACACAUAACUAUUUAAAGGAUCCACUCUAUUACCCUGUAAGAGAAGACCAGAGGUACCUAGUGCUAAACAGCCUUCAACUGCAACCAGGAACUGAGUAUGUGGCGAAUGUUCAGGCCUCAGUGAACCCUGUGUGUAACUACCAAGGUCCCUGGAGUGAAUGGAGCUCCACUGUAGAAUGGAGGACUACAGAAAGGAAUGCUAAGUUAUUGUGUCAGUGGCCCGUUUUACUGACCAUUCUCCUCUGUUUGAUCCUGUGCUGCCUCUUUAAAAUAUUGUGGCUGAAGAGGCUACACUUGAUCAACUAUUCCCCAAGCCCAGAGGACUUUUUCAAACCUCUCUACCACACAUAUGGAGGGGAUUUUAAGAAAUGGGUUGGACCUGUCUUUAUCUUCAGUGAGCUGGAUCCCUUGGAGAAAAACCCACCUACACAGAGGAUGACUGAGAAGCAGCUAGACAUCCUCGGGCUGUCCAGGCUGAGUGUGGAGGAAGACAGCUGCAGCAGCAGUGGGGACCAGGGCACCUGUCACUCUGCUGGACACGUCUCCAUCAAUACUGUGAUGGUGUCUGGGGAGGAAGGAGCUUUGUCAGGGAGUUCUUGGGUGACAUACAAGUGCAGCCAAGGUGGGGAAAGCUUCUCCCAAUAUACUGGAGGUAGCAGAGGAGGUAUGGACAGUGAGACGGAGGGCCCUCUUGGUGCUGGGGCAGAAGAGGAAGGAGGGUUAUCUGGGCAGAGUGGAAGAUGGACAUCAACGGGCCUGCCUGCUAUGAAGUGGCAGUUCCAGCUACAGGCCUGCAACUAUCAACCAGAGCAGAUUUCAUUGGACUCAGAGGACGGCUACCCUCCUAUGGUGCUGGAUCUGGACAGUGUGGACACCAUUGACAGUGGAGUCUUUGUUGAGUCUGACUGUAGCAGUCCUGUGAACACUAACUUUGAGUCUGAGAAGCAGAUAGACUCUGCUUUACUGAGUGGGGUAGGCAGUUCCCCUUCUGAAUAUGUCAAACAGUGGGUGACGGGUAACACUAUGCAAGAGGAACCAACCGACUCAGGACAGAACAGGACGAUGUGAGUUCUCCCUCAUCUCCUGUGUCACUGACAGUGUUUCAGCAUAUUUGUAAAAUUCUUUACUUUCCCUGGCAUAGGUAUAUUGUUCAUAUUGUCAUCAUGUUUUUUUUAAAAGUGGAGUAGGAAUGAUUUCUUCCCAACAUAAAAAUUGUUUGUCGUAGUAAUACAAUAAUAUUGUUUGACAAUCAAUAGUUGUCAUGUUGCAUUAUGUAAAUAGAUGUAGAUUACUCAUUUUGGCCUUCCCAGACCUAGAUUUAGGCCUUCAUGUAAAUUAAUCAUUUUUAUGGCUUCAUUUCUCAUGCAUUUUCCAUGUGGAAAGGGUAUUGUUUUUAUAUCAUGUUUGACACCUAAUGUUUCUUUUGUUUGUGACAAUGGAUCCAGUUGAGUUUGCAUUCAUUUUCAACCACUUGUUAAAUCUUUAAAGGGAUAAUUCACAGUUGCUACAUCCAUUUUUUGACUUGUAAAUUAAUUAUAUAAACUCAUUUAUUCUUGAAGAAUAUAACUUUAAAUGCCUCAUGAGCUUAAUUCAACUGUCAUACCCAAUCAGAAGACAAAAUAUAAGCUUGUUUUACUCCAAUGUUUGUAAACAUUGUAAGUGGAAACAAAAACUGUACAGCCUCAAAAUAUGCUUAAAAUGUUGAUAUAUUGGAUGGUCAUUCCUUGCAUCAAUAGCGCUGUCUAUGAAUUUAUGAGUGGUUACAUGUCUCCAGGCCCAUCCCUCAGGUAUUACCAAGACAGAGGCUGGUGGCCACUUUGUUAUUGUUUCAACUAAUGAUUGCUCAUUUAAAGUACACAUUUUUUCUCAUAUGCAUGAUAAUGUCCCAUAGGGGUCAAAACAAUAUUAUUAAGUUAUGGGAGCAUUCCAGCAUUCAGAUAUUAGUCUCCUUUUUCUGUACGAUGCAUAAAUGCAUCAGAACACAGAUGUAGGUCUGCUUUAAUGCAGUUCUGUCAUUUCUCUUUACCAUUCUCAUUUGCUGAUAAGAAAUUAUAGCUACUUGUGACUGUGAACUAAAAGCUUGCAGCGGUAGGCUACAUCUGAUAAAUUGACUCUCCACUAGGUAUCAAAUUCUAUAAUCUAGAUGUUGCCGUUGCACUGUUAUCACAAUGAGUUAAACCACUGUCUAGUUUCCGUUAACCUCUCAAUCUUUGAGAAAUGUGAAACAGAUUGAUUUGAUUGCACUGAAGAGUAUGAUAAAACACAUUUUAUAUUAAUUUCAGGAAUAUUAUAAUAAACUAUAGCUUAGUUCAUUAUAUUCAUGAUGCUUAAAUAUGACUUGUACACCAACAUAUCACCUUUUUUUUUAAAUUACAAGUGUGUAAUGUGAAAUAGAAAAUCUUAGAGAUAUGUUCAUAAAAAAUAUUACGAUGGUUAAUUUGAGCAAUUAGAUAGUAAUCAACUCUGUCACAGAGAGGCAUUGAAGAAGGCGUGGAGAAGUGAACAGCUUUCAUAUGAUGACAGGACCUGACUUCCUCUCAUCGUGUUGUUAUAGCAUUAUGAUGCUUGACUUCACUCAUUCAUUCUCUCUGAGAGAUGCCCUAUCCACAAGACCCAUGCACAAGCCCUACACUCAUGCUAAGAUGAAGCUUCUACUUGCACUUUGUGCAGUUUGGAACAUCAUCCAACUAUCAGUGUGCUGCUCUUCUGGAGAAAUGACAGAUCGACUCACCUGUGUAUCUGAUUAUUGGUUUACAAUUACCUGUACUUUGAGCAUCACUGAUGAGCCUGCAGGUGUCAACAAUACCCACUACUGGUUGAAUUUUACCUGGUCUGGUGGAGUUGGGAUUACAUUCAAAUGUCCACUGGUGAAGAUGGGGGACAGUUAUGGUUGCACAUUUGUGGCCGAUUUUGAUAAGAAUGUAACGUACCACGGCUCUUCAUUUAAUGAAAUGGACUGUUUCAAUGUACAGCUUUGUUAUAACAUUGACUGCCAAUCAAACUUGACAGGCUUUGAACCAUUCAAAAAUAUUCAACCAACAGCUCCAAGUCAUCUCGCUGUCCAGUGGACUUCAGAGGGUUACAAAUGCACUUGGCAAAGUGGAUAUGAACACCAUCCAUAUAUAACAGAGUUCCCUUACCAACUUUUCAUCACCAAAUACCAUGGCAAUAAGAGCGAGGGGUUUUGUUUGUCCCCUCAAAACAAAUCUAUUUUAAUUGAUGCAUCUAGACUUGAGCCAGAUACCACAUAUGUUCUGAAAGUGAGAUCCGGGCUAUAUAAGUCCUCUGGAUAUAAAGGACAGUGGAGUCCGUGGAGUGCAUUGGUGCAAUUGAGGACUGAUGCAAAGGAAGGUGAGAGAGAUCUGCUUUUUUAUUUUGACCUUUAUUUAACUAGGAAAGUCAGUCAAGAACAAAUUCUUAUUUUCAAUGACAGCCUAGGAACAGUGGGUUAACUGCCUGUUCAGGGGCAGAACGACAGAUUUGUACCUUGUCAGCUCAGGGAUUUGAACUUGCAACCUUUCGGUUACUAGUCCAACACUCUAACCACUAGGCUACCCUGCCGCCCCUUUGGAGACAAACUAGUUCAAUCAUAUACCACUCUUACCUAUCGCCUCUUUGUUAUUGUCCCAAAAUAUGCUAUGGCAAACCAUUUAGGCUGUGUUUAGACAGACCAAUUAGUGAUAAAAAUAUCAGAAUUGGGCUGCUUGUCUAAACACAGCCAUUGAUGCAUAUACUAAUUUUCUCCUUCAGCAGAACCAACUAUAGUCCUUGUCCUCAGCAAGUUUGUAUUUCCAGUUUGUGUGAUUGCUGGAGUUCUGUUGUUUGUAUUUUACAACCCCACGACAAGGUAACUGGUCUUCUUCAGAAACCCAUACAAAUACUUAAAAAUUGUGUCAUGAGAGAGCGAGACUGAUUUGGAAGCAAACAAACACAAAUCAUGUGCAAUCAUUUGUGUCAUAGAAUGAAGAUAAAAGCUUUCUAUGAUGUGCCAAGCCCAGCCCCUUUUUUCAAACCUCUCUACAAAGAUAACAAACAUUUCCAGGACUGGCUUGAGUCCGAGUGCAAUCUGAUACAAACAUACAAAACAGAAGAGCUCCUGACCAUCGAUACUUUGAUUAUUGAGGCCAAACCUAUAGCAGAGGACCAGGACUGUUCAGCUACAACACCAUAUCCCCUAGCACAAGUUCACACUCCCUAUGUUGGUCCCUCAGUGAUGGACUGGGUCUGCAGUAACAGUGCAAAUGGAAAUGGUCCAGGGGACAUUCCUUACACCCAGCUGCCCUGCUCUCCCCUAGAACUCCUGUUUGGAGGGAAGGGCACCUCUUUCUCUCAGGACCCUUCGGUCGCCUGUGAGGGGGACUCUGGAUGCGAGGACUUAACACUCAGCCCUGAGAGCAGCUUGCCUAAUAGUCCUGUAUCUAGUGAGCCAGAAUGCAUCUGUACUGAUUACUGUAUCCUACACGAAACCUCUAAAGGUUUUAUCCCCACUGGUGUGUCCAAAGAGGUCUCUACUCAUCCCUUGAAUAGUUAUUGCAUAGAGGGACCAGGUAAGGAGGAAACCUGUGCCACUGAGUGAAGUUACCAAAUGUUACAUCAUAUGCCAAUAGGACACAGAUGGCCUACUCCUUGGGUUUUGAUAAUGUACUGAGCAAGGGGUGUCAUAGUCUUUACAAUUUCCUAAAUUACUAGGGAGUUUUUCCUAGCCACCGUGCUUCUACACCUGCAUUGCUUGCUGUUUGGGGUUUUAGGCUGGGUUUCUGUACAGCACUUUGAGAUAUCAGCUGAUGUACGAAGGGCUAUAUAAAUAAAUUUGAUUUGAUUUGAUUUGACAUAAUGUUGACUUAUGAUCAUUUGCAGUUUCUUUUUUUAAAUUCUGAAGUAGAAUUGUGUAUACUAUACUGUAAUGAGAUGUGUUUCUGUCCGUUUGAAAUAUUGUACAUUUUUUUAUUACUGUAUCAAUUGUGUGAUAGCUUAAAUAGCUACUUUGGACCAGUUUAUUUCAUAAUUUAUCUGCACUGAUGGCACUAGAGCCAUUGAUCCUUCAGUAUGUGAGUUAACCACCAGAGGAUGCUGCGACUCAACACUUAGAGGAGAAAUUGGCGAGGUGCAGUUUCUUGGAUGACAAUUUGAGCUCUAUGUAAUAUUUUGAAAGUAGUUUGAUAAUCCUGUAAUUACUAUGUCCUUUAAUUUGUUUUGUAUUACAUACUUGUUCGCUAUUGUAAAUACAAUAAUACAUUGGUAUGGUU